GUGGAGAACCUGAAAAUCAUCGAAGCUCUCAUUUUAUCUUCAACCAGAGGUUGCCUAUCGAUAAGAAACAGGUGCCCAAUCCCAUUUCUUUCUUCAUUCUCCACACAAAUUCAAUCCCUCUCUCUCCUAAUCCUUAUUCUCCAAUUCGCCUCCGUCCAUGGCGUCCACCGCCGCUUCCCCCGCCUUCUGCGCCAUUCCCAAGGCGGCGGCCUCCACCGCCAGGGCUGCCGCAGUCUCCUCCCCUCGAUUCCUCGCUAAACCCUCCCUCCGCCGCCUCGGCUUCUCCUCCGCCACCGCGGACCCCCUCCUCUCCCACCACGUCGCCGCGAAGCUAAUGUCGUUCAGAACCUCCUCGAAGCCGGUGCGCGGCGUCGCCUCGAUGGCGAAGAAGAGCGUCGGCGACCUGUCCGCGGUGGACCUCAAGGGGAAGAAGGUGUUCGUCAGAGCGGAUCUGAAUGUGCCUCUGGACGACAAUCAGAACAUCACGGAUGACACAAGGAUUCGAGCUGCUGUUCCGACCAUUCAGCACUUGAUCAGCAAUGGCGCUAAAGUCAUUCUCUCCAGUCACUUGGGCCGGCCGAAAGGCGUCACCCCAAAAUACAGCUUGGCGCCCAUUGUUCCUCGGCUAUCCGAGUUGCUCAAGAUUCAGGUUGUGAAAGCCGACGAUUGCAUUGGCCCGGAGGUUGAGAAACUGGUGGAGUCACUCCCGGACGGCAGCGUCCUUCUGCUCGAAAAUGUUCGGUUCUACAAAGAGGAAGAAAAAAACGACCCCGAAUUCGCAAAGAAACUUGCUGCAUUAGCUGAUCUAUACGUAAACGAUGCAUUUGGCACUGCACACAGAGCGCACGCUUCGACUGAGGGCGUCACGAAAUUCUUGAAGCCCUCAGUCUCUGGUUUCCUUCUCCAAAAGGAACUCGACUAUCUCGUUGGCGCUGUUUCGAGCCCAAAAAGACCGUUUGCCGCCAUUGUAGGCGGAUCGAAGGUCUCGUCUAAGAUCGGAGUGAUCGAAUCGCUGCUCGAGAAGUGCGAUAUAUUGCUGUUGGGCGGCGGUAUGAUCUUCACAUUUUACAAGGCGCAAGGGCUGUCUGUUGGAUCGUCUCUAGUCGAAGCUGACAAGCUCGAUCUUGCCACGUCACUCCUGCAAAAGGCGAAGGAAAAAGGGGUCGAUCUCUUGCUGCCGACCGAUGUUGUUAUAGCUGACAAGUUCGCUCCCGAUGCAGACAGCAAGAUUGUGCCGGCAUCUGCAAUCCCGGAUGGGUGGAUGGGUUUGGACAUUGGCCCUGACUCUAUCAAGACGUUCAACAGUGCCCUCGAGACUACUCAGACCGUCAUCUGGAAUGGGCCUAUGGGCGUGUUCGAGUUCGAUAAGUUUGCGGUCGGGACAGAGGCAAUAGCGAACAAGCUGGCGGAGCUGAGUAAGAAGGGAGUGACGACGAUCAUCGGCGGGGGAGAUUCGGUGGCGGCAGUGGAGAAGGUGGGGGUGGCGGAGGUGAUGAGCCACAUCUCGACUGGUGGCGGCGCCAGUUUGGAGUUGUUGGAAGGGAAAGAACUGCCGGGCGUGUUGGCCCUCGACGAAGCUGUCCCGGUCCCGGCGUAAGAAGGUGACCGGCGUGGCGUUUACAUCAAUUAAUUUUUUGUUACCAUAAUAUUCCGGUGACCGGAAUUAUGUUUGUUUUCUUGCCCAUGGAUUGGUUUUGUGUUUGUGUUGUAAACGAAGGAAAUUUAAUGAAA